AUGUCUUCUAAAGCUAGGUACUACCUAGAACAAGCUAUCCCGGAAAUUGAUGAUCUAGUGGAUAAGGGUCUGUUCACCAAGAAGGAGGUCACCAGUAUCAUGAAAAAAAGAACAGACUUCGAACACAGACUUAACUCAAGAGGCUCUCGGAUCGAAGAUUACGAGAAAUACAUCGAAUUCGAACUCAACGUGGAAAAACUGCGUCGAAAACGUGUUGAGAGAAUACUUGAAGGAUCAAAACCCAACAGCAUAUCGGAUUGGUCCAUUCCGCAGCGAGUUCAGUUUAUCUUUCAAAGAGGAUGCAAUAAGUUCCCCAAAGAACUGAAAUUUUGGUCAUUAUACCUGAAUUAUCUAAAGACCCAGGGCCAUAAAACCUCAUACCGCAAAAUUCACAGCGUUUACAGCCAGCUGCUGAGGCUACACCCAACGAAUAUUGAUAUAUGGGUGAGCUGCGCCAAGUACGAAUACGAAACUCAUGCCAAUUUCAAAAGCUGCAGAACAGUGUUUCAAACUGGGCUGCGUUUCAACCCAGAUUCCGCAACGCUUUGGUACGAGUAUGUUAAGUUCGAGCUCAACUUCAUCACCAAACUGAUCAACAGACGUAAAGUCAUGGGACUGAUCAAUGAGCGUGAACAGCAGCUGGAUAUGCAAAGUCAGCAAAACGAAGCUGAACAACGAGCAGGCAAAGGCUCGGAAGUCGAACAAGACGAGGGCCCUGACGACUUUGAAUUCUCCGGUCCUUCGACAGGCGACAGCAUGAAGGACAAACUAAAUGAGCUUCCAGAGGCGGACAUGGACAUGUUAGGAACUGAAGAGACCAACCCUGCCCUGCGUGGCGAUAUAGCAUUGACAAUUUUUGAUUUCGCCAUGGAGAAAUUGGGACAAAGCUUUUUGAACACACAUAGAGGUUACUAUGCAGUCACUGAUUCAAAACCAGACCAUGAUCUGAGCAUCGCAAUGGUCAGCAAACUUUUUAAGGAAUCUUUGAGCUACAUCAAUUUGUUUGGUGAGUUCUCAGAUCUCAAACGGGAUUAUUUGAUAAACCACAUCAUACAAUUCUGGAAAAACAAUAAACAUGACGUUGAGCUGGCUCAAGAGCUACCAGACAUCUACGUCAAGCUCCUGGUUUUGGAGAUCACCUUGAACAUAAGGUUCAUGAGCAUGUCUCAAUUGGAUGUUGAUCAGCUACAGCUAUCCGUCAACAAAUACACUGCAUACAAGGGGAAGGUUAGCGAGAACAUCGCAAAAGAGAUUAGAGCAUCAUUCGUUGAAUACCUCCAAGAACACAUACUGGCAAAGCUGGACCAGGACCAGGAUCCAAGAUACAAGAUCAUAAAUGCUAUCAUUAAAAAGCUGUAG